CGCAACUGCUAUAUUUUUAACAUUGCGCGUUCAUUGUGCAACACUUCAUUUCUGUUAUCAUCCAAGUACAAGUGGACAUUGAAGGCAGACCGAUUACAACACUUCUUGCAAGGAAGGAAUCUUCAAAUUUGGAGACCUAAAACUCUCGCUCUUGUGGUAAACCAGAAACGAAACCAAGCACCAUGAAGGUUCUGCUGCUUUCAAUGUUGACGCUCUCCGUCUGUGUGGCUGGAUCGUACGCUGUUCGAUGCUACGCCUGCACUGGUUCCACCUCCCCUGCUUUCAACACGUGGUGUAACGACCCGUUUGACGAGGAGAACGCGGCGGCUCAAGCGUCCAUUCAAACCUGCAAUGGACAAUGCGUGAAAAUCUACUCUAAAAUCGGCGAGAUUGAAGGUUAUGUCCGCGAGUGUUCCAACGUGACCGUAGACAAUUGCUUGAACGACUGCGGCACCGUUGCGGAGAUCACCUCUUGCCAGUACUGUUGCAAUGGCAACCUCUGCAACAGCGCAUCCUCGGUGACCUUUAACCUGCUGGCCGCAGUCGCCAUGUUGGUGUCUGCCUGGGUCUUCACCUCGUAGAGGCAUUUUUCGCACCGAUGGUGUGUACCGACUGCCCAGUAUGUAAGAGAAUUUGGAACCGUCGUGAAUUGGUCGGGACACAACGUGCUUCCAAUUUAUUCGAGUCCGGUGUGGGUUGAGUAUGAAUUCUCCAUCCCAUGCCAGGCGCAUGGUUUUUGAUCAUUUUCACAACGAGCAGUGAAUCAUCCAGAAAGCCACCUCUUUGUGUGCGCUUGAGUGCAGACCAGAAGGUAUUCUGAUGCCCCCAGCACCGUGAUUGGUUCGACAACUGUCGACUACAGUCGAGCAUCUGAAUAAUCUAGGAUUUUAUUGCACCGUGAAGGCUGCACACACAGCUCCAAUUCAGUGAUUGGUUGGUUUUAGUCACAUGUUUUAUAGGCAACAGUACAAAGAAACUAUCAAUGACAGCACCGAACUCUCAGAUAUGUAAUUUUGUUUCAAUCAUUCAAAACAACACAUUUUUCCCUCAAUGACCAGAUACUUGCACUGGAUAAGCUCCGGUGUUUUAAUACGGGACAAGUGACUAGGUAUUUAAUCGUAAGUUAAAUUAAUCACCAGCACUUCUGCCAUGGAACGCUUUAAAUGCACACACGAAGACUUUGUUGGGUACGUCAGGACUCGGUUAAUAUUUGGUGGAAUUGACUGUGUUCAAACGAGCGAUGGUUCCUUUUUAAUUUUUUUUUCUUUACUUUUUUUUUUUACAAUUUUGGUAGUCGGUGACCCAUUGGAGGUUGAAAUCUUGUACUUUCUCUAAAUGUAGUUUGUAGGGAACCGCAAAGCGGUCUUUUCCUUGAGAAAUCAGGUUGUCUGUGUUUUACCAUGUUUUGUACGAUUACUGAAUUGCUGAUGUAUAUAAUCUGACGUCGGUAAUGAUGAUGUAUUAAAAAAGUGUGGAGUUUUGUUGGUUA